AUGCUGCAGCUGUUGACAUUCCUGGUGGAGAAGUUCUCGCUCCUCUACAAGUUCAAACUUUUCGAGCCGUCCUGGCUGGACGGGGAGAACAGGGAGCCUCGCGCGCCGCACGGCGGCCCCCCGCCCGCCCUGCGCCGGGGGGACCUGCUGGAGGUGCCCAGGACCCUCUUCACCCACUUCGGCAUCUACCUGGGAGACAACAAGGUGGCUCACCUCAUCCCAGACAUCCUGCCCGUGUUCACCGACGACAACAAGCUGGUCGGCUCGGUCAUCACCAACACCAGGCUCAUCCUGGGCUGCGCCUACAGAUGCGCCACGGUGCGCGUGGACACGCUGGAGGACUUUGCGUACGGCUCCAGCAUCCUGGUGAACCGGAUGGACCACGCGGUGAAGACGCAGCCGUUCUCCAGCGACACCGUGGCCAGGAGAGCCGAGAAGCUCCUGGGCGCCUUCCCCUACAGCCUGCUGUGGAACAACUGCGAGCACUUCGUGACCUACUGCAGAUACGGAUCUGCAGCCAGCAGGCAGACGGAGCAGUUCUUUGAGUGCCUGAAAUCCAUAAUCCGAGACCAGCGCAGCGUCAUUUUCACCAGCCUGCUUGGAUUUAUCUCCAUCGCUUACUUUGGGCUGGCCCCCGCAACCACAGUGCUCACAAUCCUCGUCCCCUUCACUUUGUGGAUGGCCGGUUAG